CCCGAGCUGUGCGGCCUCCCGCUCUCCGCCAGGGGGUGGAGGCUUCGUCGCGGCCGCUGCAAACCGCGCUCGGCAGGUCCCUUAGGCACCGACGGCCGCCCGUCCGCUCGACCGGCUUUUCCGACCUGCCUGCCCCUCUCUCGUCCCCUCUCCGGCCAUGGCAGGUCCCGGCAUCGGCGUCGAUUCUCCCGGCUACAUCCGCACGGUCCUGGGCCAGGAGUUCCUGGGCGGGCUGGACAGCUCCACGCUGGCUUUGCCCCCGCAGCUGUCGGGCGGCCGGGCCGAGGCGCAGAAGUCGCUGCGCAUCCAGCGACAGGUCCAGCAGACCCUGGCGAGGAAAAGCAAAGGCUCCAUGGUUAACGGGAGUCUGCAUCGGACUGCCAGCGUUCCAGAAUACGUGUUCAUAGCAGAUGAAACAGACUUUGCUUCAAGACCUCCUCUUGGAACUUCAUACUAUCCAUCUUAUCAGAUAGGAUCGCAGAGCAGUUAUGAAAAUGGCUGGGAGCCUAGAAUCCUUUCCUAUAGCUCCUACAGGGGCAUGGAAGAGACAUCUCAAAGGCAGCCCUUGAAGAGAUUAGAGGUUUCCCCCAAUGGCAGUCCUGGCAAGCUGGCGCACUUCCCAAACGACUUCCAUUACAACAGGACUCUAACUGUGAGGCAUGGCGAAAGCAAGAGAUCCGGUGCCAUGCCUCCAAGGUACGCUCGCUCCGAAAUCCUUGGCUACGGAAACCACAGUGCUGCAAGCAGAAGGUAUGCUGUCCAAAGGCAGUUCUACAUUGGGUCUGGUAACGACACGGAGGUUGACAGUGUCCCAAACAGCCCACGGGUACCAGUCUAUCAGCGCAUUGGGACCAGUCGGAGCAUGAACAACCUUUUGGAGAAAGAGAGUUACCCGACUUCUGGUUAUGCCACAGGACAAGUCAGGACUCCCGUCGCUUCCCAAAAUUGGUCUCAGAACAGGCAGUCUCAGAACAGGUCCAGCUGGCACCAGACGACGGUCAGGACGCAGAGCACAAGGGAGGCCUCUCAACCAGCUUCGAUCGCCAGCGCCACUGCCGAGACAGGAAGGAGGGUGGCAAUGACAGCAGCUAUGGCAGCCGCAGCAGGAAGUGGGCACAUGUUUCAAGAACGGGCCGGCGCCGUUGGAUCUCAAGCAGGGAAUCCAGAAGGAGAGAUGACUCUGGAGCGUGCGGUAAAUAUACUGCAGACUGAAAAUGCUUCGUCCCCUCGAGUCCUUCCAGCAGUUGUCUUCAUACAGCAUGAGAGUUUCCAGAGAGCAGAAGCCAGGAGGAAAGUUUACUUGCUAGGUGGGAUUCCCAAGCUGCUAGAGCUUCUGAGUGUGCCGAAUGAGGAUGUGCAGAGGGCAGCGUGUGGCGCUUUGAGAAACCUGGUCUUUGAAGACAAUGACAAUAAGCUGGAAGUGUCAGAGCGGAAAGGGAUCACAACCCUGCUGAGAUUAUUACGGCAAACCAGAGAUGUGGAGACUAAAAAGCAAAUUACAGGUUUGCUUUGGAAUCUCUCCUCCAAUGACCAGCUGAAGAUCUUGCUGAUCCGAGAAGCCCUGCAGCCAUUGACAGAAACUGUUCUCAUCCCUUACUCCGGCUGGCCAGAUAGAGAUUAUACAAAAUCAAGCAUUGUACCUGACCCAGAUAUCUUCUACAACGCUACAGGAUGCCUGAGAAACAUGAGCUCUGCUGGCCCUGAAGGGAGGAAAAAGAUGCGAGAAUGUGAAGGGUUGAUUGAAUCGCUGGUGUAUUAUAUCCAAGGCACCACCGCAGACCACCAGCCGGAUGAUAAGGCCACGGAGAACUGUGUGUGCAUCCUUCACAAUCUCUCCUACCAACUAGAGUCCGAACUCCCUGGUAGCUAUGCACAGAAUAUCUACAUGCAAAGAAGAAAUGUUCCUACUAGCGACAGCAGCAUUGGAUGCUUUGGAACAAGGAGCAGGAAAGCAAAGCAGCAGCAGCAGGACCUGCCGCUCCCUGAGGAAAAGAGCAACCCCCGAGGUGUUGAAACCCUUUGGCAUUCCACCCUGAUAAGGAUAUAUCUGUCCUUAAUAGCAAAAAGCACAAGGAACUUUACCCAGGAAGCAUCGCUGGGAGCUUUGCAGAACCUCACAGCGGGAAGUGGACCUAUGCCAUUUGGAGUAGCCCAAGUCAUUGUCAAGAAGGCCAAUGGCCUCCCAAGUAUUCGAAACAUGCUGCACGUGAGCUGCCCAAGUGUUAAGAAAACGGCCGUCUCCUUGCUCAGGAACUUGUCUCGCAACACCUCGCUGCAGAAUGAAAUAGCCAGAGAAGUGUUGCCAGAUUUGGUCGCCGUGCUUCCAGAUGCUGCCCCAACCUCUGACAUUGCAAACGAGACCACGGCUUCUGCUUGCUAUGCUUUAUACAACCUGACUCAGAACAGCUCCCAGAAUGCUCGGCUUCUCUUGAACUCUGAUGGCAUCUCAAAGGUUCUGAACAUCAGCUUGAGUGACAGCAAAGCCGGCAGAGCUGCUUCCAUCCUCUUGUAUUCUUUAUGGUCUCAUGCUGAUCUCCACAGUGCCUACAAAAAGGCUAACUUUAAGAAGACUGAUUUCAUCAACAACAAGACAAUAAGAGCCUACAAUUCACUGAAAGACUGAAAAGUAGGCAACAAAGACCUUAAGGACUGAUGAGAUCAUGCAGGGAAUGGUAUUACCAUAUCUUCAGCAUGAACUCGCCAGCAAGAGCUGCAUGGCAUCCUUCAAGAGACUGAUUUUAUACUUUCCAAAGGAUAAGCAGAAGAAAGUGCCCCCUCCCUUCCCAGAUAUUAUCUGCCUUACACCACUGCUUCUUAUUCCUUUUGAAAUCAAGACUCAUUUGCAAAUCCUGUGGCCAUUCAAGUUGCAUCAAAGUAAAUAAUUCGAAUACGAACUCUGAUAUUCACAACCUUUCGCAAAUUGUAUGUUGGCCCACUUUUGGACAAGGAUUAACUCAGUAUCCUGGUUUUAUAUUAUGAGAAACUAAAUAACCAAAGAAAAUGGAAUUUUGGAAAUUUCUAUGAAUUUUUUUUUUUG